AUGAAUAAACGAAAAUUUGAAUAUAAAUCUAAUAAUGAUGAAAUAAAAAAAAUCAAAACUGAUAAUGUAAACUUAACAGAAGAACAAAAAAAAGUGGUUGAUAUAGUUUUAAAAGGUGAAUCGAUUUUUUAUACAGGUUCUGCUGGAGUUGGAAAGAGUUAUCUGUUAAGAUAUCUUAUUAAAGAAUUAAAAUUAAAAUAUCCAGAAAAAUAUAAUGUUGCGGUAACAGCCAGUACUUCGAUUGCAGCUUUAAAUAUCAAUGGUGUCACUAUUCAUAAUUAUUCUAAUAUUAGUAUUAUGAAUAGGACAAAGGACGAUAUUAUCAAUAAAAUAAGAAGUAAUAAAUUUUUCCAAAAUCGGAUAAUUUAUACUAAGAUGUUAAUUAUCGAUGAGAUAUCCAUGUUAAGUUGUGACGCGUUUGAUUUGAUAAAUGAAAUUUUACAAGAAAUUCGUGGAAAUCAGAAUCCAUUUGGAGAUGUUCAGUUGAUUGUAACAGGUGAUUUUUUUCAAUUACCACCUAUUCCAAAUAAAGGAGACAAGAGAAGACCUUAUGAGUUGUACAUUUUUUUAAGUGAAAUUUGGAAUCGAACAUUCCAACAACACAUACUUUUAAAACAAGUUAUUAGACAAUCGGAUGAGUUUGUAAUAAAUGGAUUAAACAAAUUGAGAUUAGGAAUUAUUGAAUCAGAUUUUUUAAAAUACAUCAAAGGAUUGGAACGGGAAUUGAUAUGUGAAAAGAUAAUUGAUUACUUUACUGAAGAUGAUGACAAAUUUAAAUGUAAUUUAUGCAAUGAAAAUAUUUACAUCAGAAAUGGUGGGGCUUUGAAAAGACAUUUUAGAAGUAAACAUGAUGGAAUUAUUAAAAAUUAUGAUGAUAAAUACGAACCAAUAAUCUUAUUUUCUGAUAAGAAAGCUGCUAAAUC